AUCAGCUGGCGUCAAGACUGUCCCGUACUAUCACAAUGUCCAGUACAGCCCCUAACAGCACCCCAUCACCAGCAACAGAUCCAGAAGGUCACGGUACACAACAUGCGGAAGGUCAACGCCGGGGACAUAAGAGAACAAAGUCAGCUAUCAAUGCGGGGGAUUUGGUACCGAACUUUGUGGAGUCGAAGGAGCGCACAGUGCUGAUGCAGGCGAUUGACGGGGUGCACGCUGGCCUGGACAGUGACCUGCAGAAAAUUGCGGACUCUGACGACACCACAGGCGACAGUAAGGAGCUCUCGACGAGAUUUGCCCAGUCGGUGUUCCAGCAAACGUCUGUGUUGAUUCGGAGAGACUUCACGAAUUUGCUACGCAGUCCCGCGACCCGAUUUUCUUAUGGAAUUAUUGUCGUGCAAUUCCUGUUCUAUGGCCUUCUUUUCUUGGGUAAGUGGAUAAUUACGAGUGGCUUUGACUGA